GUCAAACCAAAAAUCUCCAAUUCUCUGUCUCUCCCAUUGUAAUUACAGGAGUGUAGAGCUCCAGAGCCGCCCCAAAUUAAAGCACAACCCAACAAUGAAGCGCAAUCGCCUUCUCCGCCUCCCUCAUCAUUGAGUUCAUUGUAGGAGGAGACACGCCUGGAGCUCAAUCUGCUUGAUCAAUGGCUGAACUAUUGGGGCCCCGUUUGUAUAGCUGCUGUAAUUGUAGAAACCAUGUUGCCUUCCACGAUGAUAUAAUUUCCAAAGCUUUUCAGGGAAGACAUGGGCGUGCUUUUCUGUUCUCUCAUGCCAUGAACAUCACAGUGGGACCGAAAGAAGACCGGCAUCUCAUGACGGGUCUCCACACUGUUGCCGAUGUGCAUUGUGUUGACUGCCAUGUGGUGCUGGGAUGGAAAUAUGAGAGGGCAUAUGAGGCAUCACAGAAGUACAAAGAAGGGAAGUUCAUUCUUGAAAAGUCAAAAAUCGUUAGGGACAACUGGUAGCAUCCCAGUGGAUCGGAUUUAAUGCAUUGAUUAUUAUUAUGUUCAUGUAAGUUUAUUGAUUCUUCGUGAUGUUAUCUUGUAUAGAAAGUCCUUAUCGUUCCAGUCAUUGUUUCCUGUUGCUCAUGUAUAUUUCUGUAAGUUGUGAACUCAAGUACUGGAUAUCAUUGUAUCUUGAAUCCUCACCCACCAUCUGUGUUAAUGAAAUUGUGGCGCUUGAAGAAAGUGAUUCUUGCAUUGAA